UCAGUGUGCCUGUGCAGGGCCUGCAAGCAGAGUGCAAACAUUGCUUCUCCCCCUUGGGUUCUGUGGGAUCCCGGAGGUGGUUUGGGCAGUCACUGAGGGGAACUGCCUCUUCUCCAGGGCAGUUCCAGCCAGGGACCCCCAUCUGCGUGGCGAGGGAUGCUGCUGCGUAAAUCCCUGUUCCCCCAGCACCCAGCUUGUGGUGAAUGGUGCUGGGCUGAUGAGAUUAGUCUGGGGCCUCCAGUUAAUACCUGUUGUUCAUGCUGCGCGUCGGGGAGCAGCUAUUCAGAAUGACCAGGGGGUUGUAGGUGGCAGAGCUGCCACGUCUGGUGUUAAUGGGAGAGGAAUAACAAAUGUGUCUGUGUCCAGUGGGUUUGUGUCCUGAGCCUCCCGUGAUGCUGCGAGAUCCCUCAUGGGGUUUACUCCCUGUAUAAACCAUUUCAGAUUUACAUUUUCCUUGAACACUUCCUCUUCGAUCCCAGUAAUAUGUUACACAUUUAAUUGCUCUUCUUUUGAAUUUUCGAGUCCUCCUUUGGUACCCUCACAACAUCAGUAUCUUGUUAUCUUGCUGUUGCUUCUAAUUGCUAACACAUGCCAGCUUUCCAGCGCCGCAAACUCUGGCGCUGGGGCUUGGAGGGGAGUUUUUACAGCGAAGAUUUACGUGCAUGGGGGAAACCUUCACAGAAUUAAUUCCCUGCUUUAGCCAAAAGCUUAUCCAGAUUUCAAAACCGAGGGCUAAGAUGAAGGCUGGUUUGCACCCGAUGCUGUGUAAAGGCAGAGUGGGUUUGGGGACGACCCGUGCUGGUGAAACCCUCCUUUCCUCUUGCUGUUAUUGCCGGCCAUAAACAAAUCCCAUGUAUUUAACAAGUUAAUGUCAGGCGGGCUGCGAGGCGCUGGUAGGUGUGUGCUUGGUGACAUCAGCUGGCGAGCAGCCUGGCAGCAGCGGCGCAGGCAGGGAGCAGGCAGGGAGCCCAGGGUGUGUGCCUCUAAGCUGGGUAUUCUGGCAAGGUGGAGAGCUGGUCUGUUUGGCAGGACCUUCCCAUCUGGGAUCCAUCUGUGUUUCCCUGAAAUCGGACAGGCGGCUCCAGGCAGUGAGAAAUCGCAGAUGUGCGGGACCUGACACAUGUCCAGCUAAUGAAAGGAGAAGGCAGGCUGGGCUCCGGCUGCGCUCGAAGAUCACGAGUGGAGGAGGAGGAGGAGGAAGAGCCCUUUUGCUUUAUAUUUCAAAGAAAAUAGGUGUAUCCACCAGCAGCUGGAUCCUUGCAACCUCGCUGUGUAGGUUGCUGGUGAGAAGAGGGUGCCAGUGAUGCCCGGAUCGCCCGUGGAAGUGAAGAUACAGUCCAGGUCCUCUCCUCCCAACAUGCCACCGCUGCCCCCCGUGAACCCCGGCGGCCCCCGGCCCGUGUCCUUCACUCCGGCUGCACUGCCCAACGGAAUAAACCAUUCCCCGCCGACGCUGAACGGGGCUCCAUCCCCACCCCAGAGGUUCAGCAACGGUCCUUCCUCCUCCUCCUCGUCCUCGCUGACCAACCAGCAGCUCCCAGCCACGUGUGGUGCCCGGCAGCUCAGCAAGCUGAAGCGCUUCCUCACUACCCUGCAGCAGUUUGGCAAUGACAUCUCACCAGAGAUAGGCGAGAAGGUCCGGACCCUGGUCCUGGCGUUAGUGAACUCAACGGUGACGAUCGAGGAAUUUCACUGCAAGCUGCAAGAGGCGACGAACUUCCCCCUCCGGCCCUUUGUGAUCCCCUUUCUGAAGGCCAACCUCCCGCUGCUGCAGAGAGAGCUGCUGCACUGUGCCCGCGCUGCCAAGCAGACGCCCUCCCAGUACCUGGCACAGCACGAGCACAUCCUGCUGAACACAAACACCACGUCCCCCGCCGACUCCUCCGAGCUGCUCAUCGAGGUGAACGGGAAUGGGAAGAGGCACAGUCCAGACAGAAGGGACGACAGCAGCUUUGAGAGGGACCCGCUGCCGACAGACCCUCCGGCCAAGAGGGUGUGCACCAUCAGCCCCGCGCCCCGGCACAGCCCGGCCCUCACCAUCCCCCUGGUGAACCCCGGGGGGCAGUUCCACCCCACCCCGCCGCCGCUCCAGCACUACACCUUGGAAGACAUUGCGACCUCCCACCUCUACAGGGACCCCAGCAAGAUGCUGGAGCACAGAGAGAUUCGGGACAGGCACGGCGCUCUGGGUCUGAAUGGAGGAUACCAGGACGAGCUGGUGGACCACCGCUUAACGGAGAGAGAGUGGGCUGACGAGUGGAAGCAUCUUGAUCACGCACUGAACUGCAUCAUGGAGAUGGUGGAGAAGACGCGGCGCUCCAUGGCCGUGCUGCGGCGCUGCCAGGAGGCCGACCGGGAGGAGCUCAACUACUGGAAGAGGCGGUGCAGCGAGGCCGAGCCGCGCAAGGCGGGCAGCGACCUGCUCCCCAGGCAGCACAGCCCCAGCAGCUCCGACUCCAUCGGCAGCGAUUCGUUGCGGGAGUUCAGCAGCAGGUCGGGAACGGGCUACGUCACUGAGGAGAUCUGGAAAAAAGCUGAAGAAGCGGUGAACGAGGUGAAGCGCCAGGCCAUGUCGGAGGUGCAGAAAGCCGUGGCGGAGGCCGAGCAGAAGGCAUUUGAGAUGAUUGCCUCCGAGAGGGCGCGCAUGGAGCAGACCAUUGCGGACGCCAAGCGCCAGGCCACCGAGGAUGCUUUCCUAGUGAUCAAUGAACAGGAGGAGUCUACAGAGAGCUGCUGGAACUGCGGUCGCAAAGCCAGCGAGACCUGCAGCGGCUGCAACAUCGCCCGGUACUGCGGCUCCUUCUGCCAGCACAAGGACUGGGAGAGGCACCACCGCAUCUGCGGGCAGAGCCUGCACGGCCAGAGCAAGCCCCUGGCUCUGCCCACGGGCCGCUCCGCAGCCAAGAGCCUCGAUGGCGUUCCCAGCCCGGCCCUCGAGAAGACCUCGGCGACCACAUCUCGCUCCUCCACCCCGGCAUCCGUGACAGCCAUAGACACGAACGGGCUCUGAAGGGGAAGUUUGGGUUCGCUCCAGUUGAGUAGUUUCCCUGGGGGGGGGUUUUAAGCCAGAAAAUACCCCACAGCAACCUGUAUCCCGUGACACAUCUGACACAUCGUGCCGCCUCCUCGGAGCGCCGGCACUCGGGCUUUGCCAUCUCAUUCUGCCUUUUCCUGCCGCGGCUCAUGAAGAACCUUGCCCACAGCACCUCGGUGCCCAUCUCUGUCUGCAGGGAGAACCAGAGCAUCCAUCCUUCAGGACUGGAGGGCACUGAGCACUCGCUCGGGGGACCUGGACUCGAUGGGGAACUGCCGGCACAUGCAGGAGAUGCUGAGCACGGGGUGAACGAUGAGAGCUCCAUCCUCAUGGGUCAGACGUGCUCAACCUCGUCCCUCAGCUUCCUUUCUUCCACAGUAUGCAUCCAUUCUCCCCUGGCUCCCAGGCAUGGUGUCUCAGAUGGCCGUGCUGGCCGGGUGUUGCUGUGAACAGGCCGGAGCUGAGUCCCCAGCAGGAGCAUCUUGUCCUCUAGUGCAAUGGCAAAAGCUGAGCCCGCUUCUCCUCUGCCUGCAGGUUGGCAGCUGGUGGUUGCAGAGGGGGAGGAGGGGAUUCAUCUGCUCUAAACCAAAUGUCGGUACCAGGGAGCUGUGGACAGUCACUUCUGGAUGGUUUUAAUCCCUUUCAGUGAUGGGAUGGACGGUUGCGUGUUGCCCUGGUGGGACCUUUGCUGGGGGAGAGCGUGCAGAGCAAACCUGGAUUGGUUGCAGGCAGUUACUGCCCUUCCCACCUGGGUACUGUUACUUUGCUAUGCAGAAAGCUUUUGUGUUUCUCACUGCAUGGAAGUUGUUAGUUUGGGAGUUUCUGCCGUUGUUUUGAACCACAGAGAUCCUCACAGGACUGUUAUUUAUGGUCUGGGCUCUCCAUACGCCUUGGCCAAACUAAACACAGGACUUGGUGUCCUCCUACAUCGGUUCUUCCCCCAGCCCUGCAGUGCUGCUCCGACACGGGCUGCGCUCCUCUCCUCAUCCCCAGGGAUGUGCCACCACUGCCUCAUCCAGCCCUCAGAGCAUCCCAAGCAUGCAGAGCGAGAUCCCACAGGAAUGCCAUGGCCGGCCCGGGAAGAUCCAUCACUCAGGAUGUGAUGUGGAGGGAUUCGGGGCACUGCAAACCCCACAAUGGGGCCGUCUGAGGGCACAGUGGGGCUCAUCUCAAUGCUUCACAGAGGUCCUGAGGUCCUGAUGGGCUCUGCCCGCUGGGUGCUGCCCCAUUCUCCCACCCUGCACACCAACAGGCUCUGGAGAACCAUCUAUUCAGCAGAGCUGUGUUCUGUGGCUGCUCCUGGGCUGGAGCCCAAUGAGGCGAGUAAUUCCCAAAUUAGUUUUAAUCACUUUUUCAAUUGGAGGCGAUUAAUGGAGAUGUGAUGGAUCAUCCCAGAGCUUACUGUGAUGGAGCUGGCUGCCCGGGGAUGAACGAAUGACCCUCUGAACCAGCUUUGUCCCUGAGGGAAAGCUGUUCUGGAAGCUGCUGUCAUGGGAUAGAGCUGGGUGAUUCCUGUGUCUGUGUGGUUUUAUCAUGCACACAGCUCCUGGGGGCCGGGCAGGAGGAUGCUGCGCCCUGGGAUGAAGCGCCGUGAGCUGCAGCAGCCUGGAGACGGUGUCACCCAGCGCGGAGUCCUGCACCCCAGGGGCGGUGGAGGUGGUCGGGUGAGCCCCAAACCACGGCAGCCGCCGUGCACAGGUCCUGGGAAGCGGCUCUGCCCCUGCCACUGCAGCACAGCUCCCAAGGACCUGCUGUGCCCAGGGCUGGGCACGGAGGAGCACGCGGUGUCGAGCAGCAAACGCUUGUGUGAGAGCACCAGGGCAGGGGCUGCCCUUGCACCCUGCUCCCCUCCCGGGGGGCUCAAGGGCUCCCCUGCCCCAAGGGGACACAUUGGGAGCAGCCUCAGGUAAAUCACGUCUGGUUGUGACAUCCCACCCCUCACCUCUGCCCUGACCCGACCCGAAUGCCGUGAGGUGGGAUGUGGGAAGAGGAGGAAGGUGCUUGUACAUAGAUUGUCUUCCAUAAUUCUCAUGCAACCUUGAUGGUGUAUUAAGAUUAACCCCAAUGUACAUGGAUGAAAUACUAACAGUCGUGAUUAGAGCGAUUGCUUUUGUUUGACAUGGAAUGAUAAAUGUGAACCCCAGACUUGGGCAGACGUUGGGUUGAGGUUUCUCUAUUAAUUUUUUUUUUGGCAUUUAAUUCUGUAAUAGGAAUUUGUUACUUCAUUCCUGUGCAUAACUUAUUUAAUGUACUGUAUAAAGGAACCCAAACUGGUACAGAUGUAUUUAGUUUGUUCUACUCCAAAGUAGUCAAUAAAAAGACUAUAUUCAUCAGAAG